AUGGCACAGCCCGCCGAGGAACUCGAGACCGUGGUCCUGAACGAGGAUUUCCCCGAUCGGUGGGUGAAGAUCGGCACCAACCUAGGUCCCGACCUCCGAAGACAGUUCAUCGACUUCUUACGGCAGCAGGCGGAAGUCUUCGCCUGGUCUUAUGACGAUAUGCCCGGCAUAUCACCUGAUGUCAUCAGCCACAAGCUCAGCAUCUCCAUCGCCCACAAACCGGUCAGACAAAAGCGCCGCUCGUACGAUGCCGAACGGUACGAGGCAAUGCGUGCCGAGGUUGACAAGCUCAAAGCCAUCGGCUUUAUCAGGAAAGCUACGUACCCUGUUUGGCUUGCCAACUCAGUCAUGGUUCGGAAGGCCAGAGGAGGAUGGCGGAUGUGUCAGGACUAUACCGACCUGAAUAAGGCUUGUCCGAAGGACAGUUUCCCCUUGCCGAGAAUCGACCAGCUCGUCGAUGCCACCGCCGGACACGAGCUGCUCAGCUUCAUGGACGCAUAUUCAGGAUACAACCAGAUCUUCAUGGACCCUGCCGAUAGAGAACAUACGGCAUUCAUCACAGAUCGCGGUUUGUACUGUUACAACGUCAUGCCUUUCGGCCUAAAGAACGCGGGGGCAACUUAUCAACGGCUCGUCAAUCUGAUUUUUGCCAAGCACAUCGGCGGCAUCAUGGAGGUGUAUGUCGACGGCAUGUUGGUGAAAAGCCGAACGGCAGGGGAGCAUCUGGAAAACCUGGCCCUCAUGUUCGGUAUACUAAAGGACUACCAAAUGAGGCUGAACCCAGCGAAGUGCGCCUUCGGUGUAUCCUCCGGUAAAUUUCUCAGAUUCAUGAUCAGCCAAAGGGGAAUCGAGGCUAAUCCCGAGAAAAUCAAAGCCAUAAUCGACAUGGAGACGCCGAAGACACAGAAAGACAUUCAGAGCCUUACCGGACGUGUCGCAUGGACUCGCGAAUGCGACCUCGCAUUUCAAAACUUGAAGAACUACAUGAGCCAAGCACCGCUAUUAUCAAAACCGCUCCCUGGAGAGGUACUACUGCUAUACCUUUCGGUAUCCAACACUGCCGUUAGCUCAGUGUUAAUACGGAAGCCAGAGAAAGCAGAGCUACCGAUUUCUAUGUCAGCAAGGCACUCUAGAGCGCAGAGCUUCGGUACCCACCCUUAG